AUGGCCCGCUUCGCUGUCCUCGCUCUUUUCGCUUCUGCGCUCAUCGCUUCCGUCUCCGGUGCACCCCUCGAGAGGCGCCGUACCAGCGCUGAGAAGGCCGCUGCCUCGGCUUCCGCCGCCGCUUGCGCUACUGCUCCGGCUGCCACGGCCUCGGCUGCUGCGGCUUCCUCGUCGGCUUCGGCUUCGACCUCGACGGCUGCGACGCAGACCGCCGCGAACUUCCAGGCCCUUGACUACGCCGACUUCCAGAUCUCCGACGGUGUCGCUGGUAAUGCCGAGGCGGAGGCUAACGCCGUCUUUGUCGAUCCCUUCGCUAACGUUGACCUCUCCACGGUCUCUGCCGACGUCCUCGAUGCCAUCCAGACGAUGCGCGAGGCGGCUGAGGACGCGGAGACUUCUCAGUUCAACCCGGCCAUCGACGCCGCCACUGGUGCUGAUGCCGAUGCUCUCCAGGUCGGCAAGAUCAAGAACAAGGUCCUCAAGUUGACUGGCGAGGUGCAAGGCAUCAACAUCAAGAUCGCGCAGGCUCAGGCCAAGGGCGAUGACACCUCGGACCUCGAGAGCUCGCUCGCUGCGGAGCAGAAGAAGCUCACCACGAACAUCGCGACUGACAAGAAGAGUGCUGGCGCGGCGUCCCAGAGCGUUGUGUAA